AUGGAUGUUAAUCGUGAUAAUUUUUAUGAUGUUUUACCAGAAAUUUUAAAUGAUAUAAAUAGUGCUGAUUAUGUAGCAAUGGAUGGUGAAUUUACAGGAAUAUUAGCAUUGGAUAAAAUGAAUUAUUUUGACACUCCAGCUGAACGAUACAAACGUCAUUAUGAAUGUGAUAGACAUUAUUUAAUGAUUCAAGUAAGUCUUGCAAUGGUCCGAUGUUUAAAUCCAACAGAAAAUCAAUAUUCAUUAAAAGCUUAUAAUUUCUAUUUAUUUCCUGAAAAUGAAACAGAUGCAUAUGACUUUCAAUCGAAAAGCUCAUCAUUACAAUUUCUAGCGAAUAAUCAUUUCGAUUUUGUUCAGUUAUUUCUUCAAGGAAUUCCUUUUGUCUGUAGAGCAAAACAUUUAGAAAAAUUACAAAAAUCACAACUAUCAUCAUCACGUCAUAAUAAUCAACAAAUAUCUAAUAGUAACAACAGCAAUGAAAAAAAAUCUGAAGCAAUGACAAAUUCAUUAAAACAGUCUGAAUCUAAUAAUUUAUCAGAUACAGAUUUCUUAAAAAACUCUAUGACCGGGUUUUCAGAAGUCAUAUGGAAACUACAAGAGUCUAAUAAUCGAUACAAAACAAUUGCAUCGACAUCAACUUUUCAAGAUAUUAUUUCAAAUACAGCAUUACAAGCUCUUUAUAAAACAGUUCUGGAACCAUCAUUUCCAGCAUGUCGUUUUGAAACUUCUGAUAAUUUUCAGUAUGCAUCACGUGAAUAUGAGCAUACAGCUGGUUAUGAUGCUAUGUGUACAGCUGUUUGUUUGACUAAAAUGAUGGCAUUUAUUGCUGAAAAAACUGGUUUUAAACAAAAUCCAAUUGAACAUACAUUACUUAAUACAUUCAAUGGGAAAAUAUUUCAUAUGAGUUCAUUUGAUUUUAAAUAUUCUGAUGUACUUAAUGAUGAUGAUUUACCUGAUCGAUCCUGCGUUUUUUAUGUAACUCAUCCUCAAACAUGGCCAACAGUAAAUAUACAUGAAUAUUUUUCUCAAUGGAAUCUGCUUGCUUAUGAUCGAUUGGAUUUAACAACACAUAUUAUUGCAGUAUCAUUAAAAAAAGGCACAAAAGAAAAAAUGUUGACAAAAAUGCGUGCAAAUGACAAAAAUUUAAUAAUUACUUCUUAUGCAGAAUAUAAUCGUCUUGAUUAUUCGAAAAUAAAAGUUAAACAACCUAAUAAUCUGUUUGAUAUUAAUCCAAAUAAUGGAAAAUCUAAUAAACGAACUUGUAAUAAUCAAAAUACAUUUACUACAACUACAAUAAUAGCAACUCCGGUGGAUAUUUCUCCUGAUCCAACAGAAAAUCCUAUACAAACAACAAGAAGAAAAAGCAGAACAAGUUAA